AUGUCUCCCCUUAACUCUACUUCCACCCGAAAGCGCGGUCGGCCCCCCAAGUAUCAGUCUGCAGAAGAGCGACAGGCCGCGAAGAUAACACGACAACGAAAUCAGCGACAAGCCGCCCAAGCGGCUAAACGCAACACCUUCUUUGAUGAAUACUACUCGGCCGGUCCAUCUGCAACUGGUGAACGCCCGAUCGCUCUUGUUCCUGGCAUAGCGGCGUUUCCCGACCCGACGCACAGUGAGCACCUCGAGGGUGAUCUAUCAAAUUUAGAAACCGGAAGCCCUGCCCCAGCGGCUGCCGAGGAUGGCGAGGAUGUUUGCACGCUGGCACGCGUGCUGGCCGACCAGCUAUAUCAGCAUCACGGCUGUUGUCGGGAGUGCCAUGAGCAGGCCUGCGCGGCGCACCAAGAGACGCAUUCGGUUCAUACCGGGCUGGGGGAGUAUGUGGACCAGAUUAAUAUCGCUGGCGAUUUCCCGGAUGUGCUGGGCUCGGCUACAAUCGCGGCCCGCGAGUCCAAUCUCGCCCAGCAAGUCACCAAGGCACGAAAACAACAGAUCUACUGCGGCAUCGAUCCUCACAAGCCCGAUGAAUCCCCAACGCAUCUCUGCGUGGCAGCCGACCAUCGUCCCGAUCCUUCCUUGGGCGUGACUGUUGAUAUCGAUAGCGUGGGUGGGUUUGUCAGUAGUCUGGCGGUAGCUCGUCGGGGGAUCCGAUGGCAUCCUACGCAGAUGGCGGUGUCCGACCUCCAGUCCAGCCUGCAUAUAGAUCCGGUUUCAGUCCAGUAUUUCGACUCAACCGGGCAGGCCCACCAUGUUCGCCGGCCGGUCCAUCAAGUGCCGCACUAUACCUUUGGUCGUCUAAUUGGAUUCGAAGAUAUCUCUCUGUAUCUGCUCUUUCCCCGACUGUACCGGGAAGAUCAGCAAUCCAGCUGUCUGCUAGACCAGGAUUUCCAGCAAUGGACGGACGAUAUCCUCCUCCCAAUCAUCAAUCGGUGUUAUUCCGGCGACCUAAUCCAGCACUACCCCUCUAGCUUUGACCAUAGCCGGCUGAACGCAACCGCCCGGGGAGUAGAAAUGCGGUCCCAGCGAGUGGAUCCCAUCCCCCGCGAGCAGCUCCUUGCCUACUUUCUUCCUCCCGAGGCGCUUCCUACGAUCUGGGAACAGAUUCUAGAGGCGACCCACCGCCCCGGAUGCCACCAGUUUCAGGAUCUCAAGAUUCUGAUCGAGGGGAAAAACCUAAAGACCUUGACUAAGGCAGACACAUUAGCCGAUCUCAUGGCGGGCUUUCAACAACACUGGCAGAACGCUAUUAAUGAGGACUAUCUCGCUGAGCCGUUCUUCUACGACCUUGGAAAAGAAACCUGCCCCAACCACGGCGAGCGAGCGAGAGAGGCCGCCAGCAAUCUUUACUCUGGCGGCGUUGUUGCCUGA